ACAUAAAAAAACAACAACUAAAAACCUAAGUAUGGAAUAUUCCUAAAGUAAUUUUUGAUUAUUAAGUUUCCUUAAAAACAAAGCCGUUUGGGGUGUUCAGUAGUGUUAUCAUGGAACGAGUGGUCGUAUAUCAAGAAAUUACGUUUCUGAGCACAGAUAACCCCGACAUGGGGCAUUCGGUUCAGGCAUCGCAGCCAUUUUGAAUAGUGGCUUUUCUGGCGUCACUUGUGUUACACCCGUGUGUGGUAUCGAAAUCGGAACGACUGUUGUCUUCUUUCUGCUUUUCUCAUUUUGUGGUUUCAUGGUGCUUCUUCGAACUUCCAAGUUGCUUCGCGCUUCUGGAUGCAGGGGUCCCAUCACAGGGACGGCACACAUUGAAAAGUUCAAUUUUCAUAUAUUUGGAAGUAUUUUAUUCAAUCUGUGUAAAGCCUGUCAAAUAAAAACUAUGGCUGCCAUUCCCCCUUGCACUUUCACCGCGGGAAGGGUGCGCGAGAGACUGAGCGACCGAGAUAAAAAAAUUGCUUUAUUUCCUAAGCACAGCGAAUACGGCAAAUUCUUUGAAACCAAGUUUGCAGAGCUUACACCGUUGAAGUACAACAGCAAAUUGAUGAACAGCAUUUGGGGCCUGUACAAUCGCUAUUCGCCUCAUAAUGUGAAGAAGAUUAAUGAAGCCUCCUUUGUUUUUAAUGGGGAUUUACAGCAAUCUGCUGUCAAUUCCUUUAACAAGGCCGAACCUGUUAUUAACAUACCCCCAGCCAAACUGGAUAACAUGUGGGCUGCAAUAAAUGUAUCUCAAUCUCAUUAGAAAAAAUAAAUUGAAAUUUAAGAGGGUUAACAUUGUUGUUUUAUUUGUGUAGCAUCUUUGAAAUACAAUCAUAAUUUUGUGCCAA